UUGACUCAGGAGGGCCAGAAAAGGCUGUCAGGAGAGCUGGGAGAAGGAAUCGGAGAUUACGACUACAACAACGCCAACGACACGGCCAACUUCUGUCCAGGUCUCCAGGGUGGAGACAGUGAUGAUGACGCUGAAGGGUUUGCAGACGACCCUUCAGCGGAAAGCUUGCCCCCCCCCUCUCUGGAGGACAUCACCACCUACGGGGAGCAGGAUUUGGUGCCGGAGCCGCAUCGGGUCAACAAGAUAGAGAUAAAUUACGCUAAAACGGCGAAGAAGAUGGACAUGAAGAGACUGAAGAACGGCAUGUGGAGCCUCCUGACCGAGAGCCCCGACAAACCGUCGCAGGAGACGGAUGCUGUGGAGAAAACAGAAGUGUUUGGAGAGAAAGCUUUCAGUCAGACCACACAGAUCCUGCUGCAGAGACUGCCGAACACCAUGGCUCAGAACCUCUCGGUGCCGCUGGCCUUCGUCGCUCUGCUCCACCUGGCCAACGAAAAGAAUUUGGAGCUGGUGAAGGUGGAGGACAUGUCGGAUAUCAUCAUCAGACAAGGCCACUGAGGAGAAAUGUGUUAUGCGAAUAUGUUACCUCUUCCUUCUCUCCUUAACUCUUUACUGUGUUCUAUCUCUGUGGUUCUCGCUUGUUUAGAUUUUAUAAUGUUUGUAUUCGUCCUCCAGCAAAUAAAAGGGUGAAAUAAAGAAAUCUUCCUCGUCCUUUUGGAGAGAAUUUCCUUUUUUAUUCUUUACUCUUUAUGUUAAUCCUGCCUGUAGAUUGUUUAAACUGCUCAACCACAGCACAACAUGUAUAUUGUCAAAAUAAUAAAACCCUUUUUCUAAAAAAA